ACCCCUCUCUCUCUCCUCUUCUUCUCUCACUCUACAUAUACAUACAUACAUAUAUCUAUACUCAUAAAAGAGAGAGCACCCAUGGCUGUUUUGACUGUGAUUAUUGGUGUUGUGUUGGGCCUUUGCAUGUUGAGCACUGCCCUUUUAAAAUGGAAUGAGAUCAAGUAUAGGAAGAAAGGUCUACCCCCUGGUACCAUGGGCUGGCCACUCUUUGGUGAGACUACUGACUUCCUCAAACAAGGCCCCACCUUCAUGAAAAACCAAAGAGCAAGGUAUGGAAGUGUGUUUAAAUCACACAUUUUGGGAUGCCCAACAGUUGUUUCAAUGGAUCCAGAGCUAAAUAGAUGCAUACUCAUGAGUGAAUCCAAAGGAAUUCUUCCUGGUUACCCUCAAUCAAUGCUUGAAAUUCUUGGCAAAUCAAACAUUGCAGCUGUUCAUGGUCCUGCUCACAAGACCAUGAGGGGUGCAUUACUAUCACUUGUUAGCCCCACAAUCAUCAAACAACAAAUUCUCCCCACAAUUGAUCAGUUCAUGAGAUCCCAUCUCUCUUAUUGGGCCAAUCAAAUCAUUGACAUACAAGAGAAAACCAAAGAGAUGGCUUUGUUAUCAUCACUGAAACAAGUAUUUGGGAAUGAAUCUUGCUCAUUAUCCAAGGAACUCAUGCCUGAGUUCUUCAAGUUGGUUUUGGGGACUCUUUCGCUUCCGAUUGAUCUCCCAAACACCAACUAUCAUUGCGGACUGCAGGCAAGGAAGAACAUUGUGAGAAUGUUGAAGGGUUUGAUAGAAGAAAGAAGAAAUUCAAAAGAAACACAUGAAGAUAUGCUGAGUUCAUUGAUGAAUGGUGGAGAAAAUAGAUAUCAAUUGAGUGAUGAAGAGAUAAUUGAUCAAAUAAUUACCAUUUUGUAUUCUGGGUAUGAAACAGUUUCCACUACCUCAAUGAUGGCAGUCAAGUAUCUCCAUGAUCAUCCCAGAGUUCUUGAAGAACUUAGAAAAGAACAUAUGGGAAUCAGAGAGAGAAAAAUGGCAGAGGACCCACUUGAUUGGGAUGACUACAAGUCCAUGAAGUUCACUCGUGCGGUGAUCUUUGAGACCUCCAGAUUGGCCACAAUUGUUAAUGGAGUUUUGAGAAAGACAAUGAAGGACAUGGAGCUUAAUGGUUUUGUUAUUCCUAAAGGAUGGAGGAUAUAUGUAUAUACAAGAGAGUUAAAUUAUGACCCGUGUUUGUAUCCGGAUCCACAUACCUUCAACCCAUGGAGAUGGUUGGAUCGAAGCUUGGAGACCCAAAAUUAUUUCUUCAUUUUUGGAGGUGGAACGAGGCAAUGUCCUGGAAAAGAACUUGGCAUUGCAGAAAUAUCAACUUUCCUUCAUUACUUUGUAACUAAAUACAGGUGGGAAGAGGUGGGAGGAGAUAAGCUCAUGAAAUUUCCAAGAGUUGAAGCACCAAAUGGACUGCAUAUUAGGGUUUCAGAUUUAUAAUCAUAAAAAAAAAUUAAUAAUAAUAAAAUCAAAGAGUGAACAUGUAUAAAUGAUUGAAGUGAUGGUAGUAGAUUUUGACACAUUGCUAGAGAUUGUACAAAAUAAUUUUUCUAACAAUGUAGGGUUUUCUAUUAUGGAUAACUUAUUGAACUUUUUCUGA